AUGGCUGCUGACGUGUAUUUGUCACAUUCCGCCAUUCUGCGGAGCUGCACAUCGACUGUGAAGUCGCUGGGCAGGGCAGUGCAUUGGCAGAGAGCCCUAACGAAGCUGGCAGAUCUGAAGGGGCAGGAAGUUCUUCCUGAUCAGGUCCUUUGCAGCUCAGUGAUUACCGCCUGUGGCAACGCAGGUGAGUGGUCGUGGGCCUUGAGCCUCUUCGACACGCUCCUUCGAGAGUUGAACGGGGAGGUGGAUGUGGUCACCUGCACGUCUGUCAUCCGUGCCUUUGGCCAAAGCCAGCACUGGCAGCAGGCGUUGCUUCUCCUUCGCGACUGUCACGGUCGGUCGGUAGAAGUGAACUGCAUCACUUACAAUGCGGUCAUCAGCUCCCUAAGAACGGACCGAAGAGAGUGGCGAAGAGCGGCCCGGCUUUUGCUGGAACUCCCAGAGCGUAGUUUGAAAUCUGAUCUGGUCAGUUACAACACGGCCCUCAGCACCUUCGAAGCAGAAGCAUGGCCACAGGCACAGAGACUCCUUCACUUUAUCCAGCAAAAGAGGCAGGUGGAUCUGAUUUCAUACAGCACGGCAUUAAGCAUGUUGGCGACAGCCGAAGAGUGGCGACCCGCAUUGCAGCUGUUCGCUGAUUCAUUGCGGGACGUGAAACCGGAUGUUAUUGCGCUAAACUCAAUGAUUAGUGCGUUUGGGGGAAGUGGAGAGUGGCAGAAGGCUAUCAUGUUGCUGGCACAACCCGGUCUCAGAACGAAUCUCGUUACGUACAAUACCGUGACUUCUGCGAGUGGCAGGGGGCUUGCUUGGAAGCAUGCGGAGCAAUUGCUAUGCAAUCUUUCACAGAAGGCUUUGAAAGCUGACCUGCUAACUUUCAAUCCUGUAUUAGAUGCACAAGUAAGCGGCAGCUGGCGGCAUGUAUCGAUGUUGCUGCAUUUCCUGAAAGUCAACACCUUGGAGGCUGACCCUGUUACCCACACUGCAGCAAUCCGUGCCGGUGAGAUUGGGCUGUGGACCCAUGCACUUCGCAUGUGGCAUAGCUUGGUGGCAUGCGGUCUGGAAGUAGACCUGGUCAGCUGCAGCGCCACAGUCAGUGCCUGCGAGAAGCAUGCGCUGUGGGAGCGGGCGCAAGAAAUGUUGCAGAAGCUGAGUGGCGUGCAGGCAGAUGUGAUCGUCUUCAACGGAACCAUCGGCGCCUGUGCCAAGACAGGAGCCUGGCAGCAUGCUCACCUGGUGGUGGGUCACCUGAAGACCGAGAACGUCCAGGCCACCGUUGCAUCUUACAGCUCCACCAUCACCGCGUGCGAGAAGAGUCGCAUGUGGCAAAUUGGUUGCUGGUUGCUGGAGCAGCUGAUCGUCGAGCAUAUCCCAAAUGAGAUAGCGUUCAAUGCUACGAUCAGUGCCUGUGAGAAAGCCGGCAGGUGGCAGCUGGCCUUGUGGCUGCUACGCGACUUGAAGCAGGGGUCGCACGCUGACUCAGCGACCACAAUCAUUGGCUACAACGCUGCCCUCAGCGCCUGUGCCCAGCGCGGUGCGUGGGCACCGGCAGUGGGGUUGCUGCGGGAGGUGGCGAUGCAACGGCUGGAGAGCAGUAUCACCACCUACAAUGCUGGGAUCGGUGCCUGCCAGAGAGCUGCAUGCUGGCGCAUUGGACAACAGCUGCUUCAGAACCUGCCGGGGCUCCAAGCUGACCACAUCACGAUGGCACUGGCCAGCCAGGUUUUCAACGAUGCAGGAGAUUGCGAUAGGGUUAUCAAGCUCCUGACGUCUAUGGGUUUCGACUGCCAGGAAGAGCUUCACGCAAGUUUUUUUUUGGGCAGCACCGUUGCUUGA